AUGUUUUACGAGGGUUCCCUGCAGGAAGGCAUUUCUACGGCUGUCGGACAGCAGAAAUCGGUCUUUUGCUUUGUGACGAAUGACAAUGACGAAAGCAAGACUUGGGAGAAUGAGUUUCUGCAAGACCCCUCUCUCAACGAUGUCAUCGCUAAGCAGGCGGUGGCUUUGCGCCUCACAGCUGGUUCAGAUGAAGCCGGCUACCUUGCCCAAAUCUUUCCGCUGCCCCAGACGCCCACAAUCGUCAUUAUGAAGCAUGGCGAGCUGAAGGAGUAUAUUGCUGCGGGGACUACUAAAGAAGACUUCCUUCGUCGUGUCCAAAACUCGUUUAAUAUUCAUCCGCCACCAGCCGCACAACCGUCCACGGAUGCAGGUUCAUCCUCCCCUCCUACAGCUUCAACCUCAACCGGUGUUCCCCCAACUGUGGAAAGAUCAGAUACUGUGCGCCGUGUCCUAGAAGAGCGGGCUGCGAAAUUACAAGCUGAAAGAGAGGCUGCUGAGAAGAAGGCUAAAGAGGAGCGGGCAAGGAAGAAGGCCAAAGCCGCUGUGGAGGGUGUGGAAACAAACAAGCAAGCGGAAUUGUUGAAAAAGAAGAAACUGCAGGAAUCUGAAGACCGGAAGCGAAUCCUGAAGCGCAUUCAGGAUGAUAAAGAGGAACGACGCAAUCGGGCGGCACAACGAGAGCAGCAGAGGAUGGAAAUUCAGUCAAGGAGUGACUCUUCCUCACCGAUAGCCACCGCACCCGCGUCUCGUGUGCCAUCGACAACCAGGAUUGGCAAUGUCACCUCGAUACAAGUGCGGUUGUUUGAUGGAUCGACUAUUCGAUCACGGUUCAAGACAUCUGAUCCUGUCAAGGAGGUUCGAAAAUGGGUCGAUGAAAAUAGAACUGAUGGCGAGCUGCCGUACGCUUUCAAACAGCUGCUUACGCCACUGCCCAACAGACCGGUAGACGAAACAGAGGAGAACAAGUCUCUUGGGGAGAUUGGCUUGGCUCCAUCAUCGACUCUUAUUCUGGUCCCUGUUCGAAGCUUUGCUUCUGCGUAUAACGGCUCCUCAGAAGGAUUGUUUUCUCGAUUUCUGGGGUUGAUAAUAGGCUUCCUCAACUGGCUCCUCGGACUUUUUCUAGGUGGAACCAACGGCAACGCCAGCUCGGAGACUGCGUCCGAGCAAGCGGAAUCAGCAUCGUCACAAGUCAAGAACCGUCGCGUCCGCGGAUUUGAUAACCCUAAUGAUCGACCACGAGACCAUCAACUAUAUAAUGGGAAUUCGUUAAAUUUUGAGCCACGGCCCGACGAGGACGAAAAGUAG